AUGUCAACGACAAACAUUCAUUUUCACUUACCGCUUAAAAUCAAUUCACGAUGUCGAACAUCUGACACAUCAUUUCUUUUAAAUGACUCAUCAUUCAAAGACCUUCAAGCCUUUUACAACACGAAAAACAACAAAAAAGAAACUUUGUUACCUCCAACUCUCGGGGUUAGGCCUGAUGAGACGGAGUAA